AUGUUGUUAGUUCCAAAGAAGACCUUAUGGAUCUUCAUUUUGGGUGGUUCUUGUCAGUAUUUGACAGUACUGAGAAAGAGCCCUGAUUAUUGGCCUGGGGAACGUCUGGGGGCAGGGUGCCCAUUUCCUAGGCGGGACCCGACCGGAAGCAAACUUGUAGGCAACAACAUUUCCUCUAGUUCCUCUCCUCUUCCCCACCAGGGUCCUCAGCCACACACCCCGAGCCCUGCCUGCGGGCCCAGCCCCCCCAUUUCCGGAGCCUGCGCCCCGGACCCAGCGGGGGCUGAUCCCUGGGAAAGGCCUGGCUUCCUCUUCCUUCCUGUCCCUGCCCCACCUCCGCCGGGCUCCACAGCCGCCGGGAGCCCAGGGCCGAGACGGGAGGAGGGCACCCACCUGGUCGGUGUCACAUGCUGCUUCGGCCCCAGCGUCCCCUCCAGGUCCCGGCGCCGGCCGCAGUCCCCAGAGCCGUCCCCAGCGCAGGCCCGGCCGCCCCACCCGCGGCCCGCCCCUGGCCGCCCGACGGGAGGGAGGGAUCGGGUUCUCCUAGGAAGUUUCAGGUCAUUCAACAUUUAUUCAACCAAAAAUACUAAGUCAGCUCUAUACAAACUAAUGGAAGGAUACAGCUAUGCAAAUACAGAAGAACACUAAACUGUUACAUGACAGAUGUAUGAGUCUUGGAUAUGUCUUUAUCAGCAGUAUGAAAACUGACUAAUACAGUAAAUUGGUACCAGUGGAGUGGGGCGCUGCUGAAAAGAUACCUGAAAAUGUGGAAGCGACUUUGGAACUGGGUAACAGGUAGAGGUUGAAACAGUUUGGAGGGCUCAGAAGAAGACAAGAAAAUGUGGGAAAGUUUGGAACUUCCUAAAGACUUGUUGAAUGGCUUUGACAAAAAUGCUGAUACUGCUAUGGACAAUAAGGUCCAGGCUGAGGUGGUCUCAGAUGGAGAUGAGGAACUUGUAGGGAACUGGAGCAAAGAUGACUGUUGUUAUGUUUUAGCAAAGAGACUGGUGGCAUUUUGCCCCUACCACAGAGAUUUGUGGAACUUUGAACUUGAGAGAGAUGAUUUAGGGUAUCUGGCUGAAGAAAUUUCUAAGCAGCAAAGCAUUCAAGAGGUGAUUUGGGUGCUGUUAAAUGCAUUUCAUUUUAAAAGGGAAACAGCAUAAAAAUUUGGAAAAUUUGCAGCCAGUUGAUGCAGCAGAAGAGAGAAACCUGUUUUUUGAGGAGAAAUUCAAGCUGGCUGCAGAAAUUUGCAUAAGUUACAGGGAGCUGAAUGUUAAUCUCCAAGACAAUGGGGAAAAUGUCUCCAGGGCAUGUCACAGGUCUUCAUGGCAGCCCCUCCCAUCACAGACCCUGAAGACUAGGAGGAAAAAAUGGUUUUGUGGGCCAGACCCAGGGUCCCCAUGCUGUGUGCAGCCUAGGGACUUGGUGCCCUGCAUCCCAGCUGCUCCAGCCAUUGCUAAAAGGGCCGAGGUACAGCUCUGCCCAUGGUUUCAGAGGGUGCAAGCCCCAAACCUUGGCAGCUUCCAUGUGGUGUUGAGCCUGCAGGUGCAUGGAAGUCAAGAAUUGAGGUUUGGGAACCUCCAUCUAGAUUUCAGAAGAUGUAUGGAAUCACCUGGAUGCUCAGGCAAAAGUUUGCUCCAGGGGCAGAGCCUUCAUGGAGAACCUCUGCUAGGGCAGUGUGAAGGGAAAUGUGGGGUUGGAGCCCCCACACAGAAUCCCUACUGGGGCACCACCUAGUGGAGCUGUGCGAGGAAGGCCACCGUCUUUCAGACCCCAGCAUGGUAGAUCCACCGACAGCUUGUACCGUGCACCUGGAAAAGCCACAGACCCUAAACGCCAGCCCGUGAAAGCAGCCAGGAAUGGGGACUAUACCCUGUGAAGCCACAGGGGCAGAGCUGCCCAAGACUAAGGGAAUCUACCUCUUGCAUCAUUGUGACCUGGAUGUGAGACAUGGAGUCAGAGGAGAUCAUUUUGGAACGUUAUAAUUGGACUGCCUCGCUGGAUUUUGGACUUGCAUGGGGCUUGUAACGCCUUUGUUGUGGGCAGUUUCUCCCAUUUGGAAUGGCUGUAUUUACCCAAUACCUGUACCCCCAUUGUAUGUAGGAAGUAACUAGCUUGCUUUUGAGUUUACAGGAUCAUGGGUAGAAGGGACUUGCCUUGUCUCAGAUGAGACUUUGGACUACGGACUUUUGGGUUAAUGCUGAGAUGAGUUAAGACUUUGGGGGACUGUUUGGAAGGCAUGAUUGGUUUUGAAAUGUGAGAACAUGAGAUUUGGAGGGGCCAGGGGCAGAAUGAUAUGGUUUGGCUGUGCCCCCACCCAAAUCUCAACUUGAAUUGUUAUCUCCCAGAAUUCCCAGGUGUUGUGGGAGGGACCCAGGGGGAGGUAAUUGAAUCAUGGGGGCCGGUCUUUCCCAUGCUAUUUUUGUGAUAGUGAAUAAGUCUCAGGAGAUCUGAUGGGUUUAUCAGGGGUUUCUGCUUUUGUUUCUCUCUCAUUGUCUCUUGCCGCUGCCAUAUAAGAAGUACCUUUUGCCUCCCACUGUGAUUCUGAGGCCUCCCCAGCCAUGUGCGACUGUAAGUCCAAUUAAACCUCUUUUUCUCCUCA